AGUUUUUUUUAGGUCAGAGGUUGCAUCGCGGGAACGAGGCUGUGCAGUUUGUCCAUUUCCUGAUGUGAACCAGGCUGACGAUUUUUCUCACAUUUCGCAGUUUUUCACGUCUCCAAAAGCUAGAAUGGGGUCUAGAAGGUGGUUUCACCCCAACAUCUCGGGGAUCGAGGCAGAGCAGCUUCUCCUGGACCGGGGGAUGGACGGGAGCUUCCUGGCCAGGCCCAGCAAAUCUCAGCCAGGCGACUUCACUCUCUCUGUCAGGCGCCAGAGUGAAGUCACACACAUCAAGAUCCAGAACACGGGAGACUUCUACGACCUGUAUGGCGGGGAGAAGUUUGCCACGCUGGCAGAACUGGUGGAACAUUACACGCAGAACCAGAACCAGCUCCGGGAGAAGAACGGAGAAAUCAUCGAGCUCAAGUUUCCUCUCAACUCUGCUGACCCCACCACGGAGAGAUGGUUCCAUGGCCACAUCUCUGGGAAGGAGGCCGAGCGUCUGAUGAUGGAGCAGGGCAAGAACGGGAGCUUCCUGGUACGCGAGAGUCAGUCCAAGCCCGGAGACUUCGUGCUGUCUGUGCGCUGUAACGACAAAAUCACCCACGUCAUGAUCAGGCACCAGAAAUUAUCGGCAUUGGAUGAUGGGAAGUAUGAUGUAGGAGGGGGUGAAAAGUUUGACAGCCUGACUGAUCUGGUGGAACACUACAAGAAGAACCCCAUGGUCGAGACUUCAGGGACUGUUGUACACCUUAAACAGCCCUUCAAUGCCACCAGAAUCAACGCCUCCAGUAUCGAGGACAGAGUCAAGGAGCUACAGAAGGACAACCCCGUUCACGAGGGCAAGGCAGGCUUCUGGGAGGAGUUUGAGUUUUUGCAGCAGCAAGAAUGCCGACAAGACACUCGCAGCAGGAAGGAAGGAGCCCGGCCUGAGAACAAGACCAAGAACAGAUACAAGAACAUUCUGCCGUUUGAUGAGACCCGAGUCAAACUGAAGGACAUAGACGUCAACGUCCCCUGUGCAGAGUACAUCAACGCCAACUAUGUACUGCCGGAAGGGGAGGAUGGUGAACGGAAGAAACAGUACAUCGCCACACAAGGCUGCCUCCCAGCCACCGUCAACGACUACUGGAAGAUGAUCUGGCAGGAGAACACAAGGGUCAUCGUCAUGACAACCAAGGAGGUCGAAAGGGGCAAGAACAAAUGUACCAGGUACUGGCCUGAGCCGGGGACUAAGAAGUCGUACGGAACCCUCCUCAUCAGGCACCUGUCUGAGACCAACUUCCCAGACUACACACUGAGGGAACUAGAGGUCACAAAGGAAGGGGAGAACAACCCCCCGCGCACCAUCUACCACUACCACUUCAAAGCGUGGCCUGACCAUGGUGUCCCCGGGGACCCUGGCUGUGUGCUGAACUUCCUCCACGAGACAAACACCAAACAGGAGAACAUCCCGGAUGUGGGACCAAUGGUAGUGCACUGCAGUGCUGGUAUUGGGAGAACUGGCACAUUCAUCGUUGUUGACAUCAUCCUCAACCUGAUCAAGAAAUUUGGUCUGGACUGUGAGAUUGACAUCCAGAAGACCAUCCAGCACAUGCGGACCCAGCGGUCAGGAAUGGUGCAGACAGAGGCUCAGUACAAGUUUGUGUACAUGGCCGUGCAGCACCACAUUGAGACGGUGUCCAAGAGAAUAGCCGCACAGACGAAAGUUGCAGGAAGAGACUACACCAACAUCAAGUACUCCAACGAGGAUGCAGGAGGCAUGGACCCCCGGCUGGUCAAACCCCCGCCCGGUCCCACCUCUCCAGCCAUCCCACCGGUCUCAACCGGCCCUCCAACCGCACCCAGACCGGAACAGGCCAAGACACUUCCACAGACUCCAGAGCCAGAGAAACCAGUGUAUGAGAAUGUUGGAAAACUGAGAGAAAAGCAAAACUUCCGGGAACCUCCUGUACCCAAGAAGCCGACGUAACAGUCGUUUCAACUCUUCUGGGGAUAGACUUCAACCACACCAAUCACAUACCUGCAGUGAACAGCAUCAGUUUGAAAGUCUUCAGUUUGACCAAUGAAAGUUGACGUAAGAAGAGCAUCACAGCUGUGGAGACAAUGAAAUAGUACAA